ACGAUGGUUUUGGCGAGCGGUGGGCAGGACGGCGCCAUCUGCCUGUGGGACGUCCUGACAGGGAGUCGGGUCAGUCAUGUUUACGGUCACCGUGGCGACGUCACCUCUCUGGUCUGCACCACCACCUGUGUCAUCAGCUCAGGACUGGAUGACCUCAUCUGUAUCUGGGACCGCAGCACGGGGAUCAAACUCUACUCGAUACAGCAGGAGGUGGGAUGCGGCGCCAGUCUGGGAGUGAUCUCGGAGUCCCUCCUGGUUACCGGGGGCCAGGGCUGCGUCUCCUUCUGGGACCUGAGCUUCGGGGACCUGCUGCAGACGGUCUACCUGGGCCAGAGCAGCGACGGCCAGGGCGUCCGGCAGCUGCUGGUGCUCGACAACGCCGCCAUCGUCUGCGACUUUGGCAGCGAGCUGAGCCUGGUGUACGUGCCCUCGGUUCUGGAGAAACUUGACUGAGGCGUGGGAUGUUUUAAAGCCGGGAUGUAACGAGGAGCGGAACACUGUGCAACCUGCUGCAUUUAGUCUGAGGAGACACUCGACACAGACGACUUGAUAUCUCCGUCGGGUGUCGAUCAAGAAGAAGCUGGAUGUUUGGCACCUAACGAGGAUCCGGCAGUCACCGGUUUGUGCUUUUUGUUUGCUCGCGUUCGUUUUGUGGCGCUGCCCUCUAUGCUGCUGAAACGGGUGGGGCUUCACAGCGACCCGCCCAGAGAGGAAGAUGAAACCCUCUCUCUUUAUUUUUUAAUAUUCCCUGCUGCCUCGUUCGCUCGAGCGCAGCCGGCGUGAGCUCAGCAGGUUUACAGCCUGUCGUGAUAAUCUGAGCAGUCAUAUGUAAGUGUGUGUGUGUGUGAGCGUGUGAGUGUGGUGGAGAUGAAUGAAUGAAUGAGUCAAGCCUCUUUUUAUGGCAAAACACUGCUGAGAACAAAACAUGUUGUGAAUGAAGCGUGUGUGAGGGAGAAGUGAUGAUCACUGUACAAAGGAAACCUCCAGAGGGGACUGUUUUUAUAUGUAUAAAUCUAUUAUUUAUUAGCGAUACUUUUUGGAAUAACAGUUUGUUUAUUAACAGCUAAUCAUGGCUCUUAAACAAGAACAUAAUAAUGUGUAGAAAUGUAAGGUGGGGAUCAUAUGUUUGGCGGGGGGCUGGGGCGCUGGGUAUAAAAUGAUUAUUCGUGUUUUUCUGUCGUGGAGGUGGGGGCGGUCGGGGAAGAGGUGCCCCAGCCUCGGCCUCUGAUUCUGGGGGUUCUGACGCUGUACGAGGGGCCCCAGUGUGCUACACCUUCAGGCUACCUCCAUUUUCCAAACUUGCUUGAAUUGUAAUUGACAAUAUUGACGUUGUCCUGCGCAGGCUGUCAUUGGCCGACGUCAUGUUUACAUUGGCUACCGUAUUCUUUUCUUCUUCUUUUUUAUAAAUAGUGCCCUUAAGAGAUUUUUUUGUUGUUGUUCAAAACACGGUUAACUAUAAAACUUCAGUUUAAACAGUUUCCAUUUCAGCCACAAACUAAAAGAUAACUUCCAGCUCUCAGUCCAUUUCGUCGUCGUUGUUAAACUUUGCUGGAGUUGUAUUGAAACCUGUCGCCUCUUUCUGCAGCCAGCUAAAUGAAAUGUGAAUUAUAAAUAACACUGUAUAUAAGCUGCAGAUAAUUUAAUGGCCAAGAACUUUACAUUCCAACAAGCUUCACGUUAAACAUAUAAUUCAAGAUUAGAGCCCGACGGGGAGAAAUCCUUUGGACAGAGAAAUGUAAUGGCGGCUUGAUAUUUUAUAAUCAAACCUUAAAUUUGAAUAUAAAUAACAAUUAAAAGAAAACACAAAUACAAACAAAUAUACAGAACUUGACGUUUUUAACUUGAAUGUUAACAAAUUUAGUUUGUAAAAUAGAAGUUGUGACAAACAUGUCAAAGGCUGAUAUCGGCCGAUAUUAUCGACCCAUCGAUAACUUGCUCGGGCUCUAAUUAAAGCGAUGACGAUAAGCAGCAUGUUAAAGACCCUGAGCUCCGUCCCGUCACAGAACAACAGAGGUGCACAGAUGUCAAGAGCUGGAAAGUGAAGCGAUGUAAGCUGCUGAUUGUGAUCGUUGUAGUUUCGUGUAAAUGUGCUCGAUGCUACAAAUCCUCCAGCUGUAAGACUCCGAUAUUCUUUGAGUCAUUGAACUUCUACUAAUUGACAAGUUUCAUUGAAAAGUUAAACAGUGUUUCAGUUUAAAUAAUAUUCCUCCCGCUGUCCAGAGAUGAAGCCAAAAUAUCCCAGAUACGAACGCCGCCAUGUUGCGCUGAUGAUCUCGUUUACAGAGUUUUAUUCAAUUUUAAAUCGUCAAAUAACUUAUUAAACCCAAACUUACCAGAGACCUGAACAAACAUCAGUGUGGUGAGACCGACCUUAAAUGACAGAAACCAUGUUUGAGAAACAUUUAUCUAACUUUGUCUUUUUAUUUAGGUCCAUGAACCAUUUGCUAACGUGGAGGUCGUGUUUAUGAACAGUCUGUGUGUAUAACUAGUUAAAUGCCUUUUUAAAACAUGGUCUAAUAACAUUAAGAUAGAAGUAAAUCUAGUGUUCAGGUGAUUCAAGUAAAGUUUCUCCAAAUCUUACAAUCCUGGAAAUUUACAAUCAACCAACACGUUUGUUGUUGUUAUUUUAGUCGGUGCCUGAACUUCAUCUCUUUACUCCGAUAACCUGCAGAGAGAAUGUUUUCCUCUUCAAGACGUUUCCCACGAGUAACUCCAACAACAUCCAGAAUGUAUUUCACUUUUCAAAUCUUCCAUCAUCUACCGUCAAUGUGCGUUUAUCGAAUGUAGGUGUGACGAACAAACCCGUUAAAUAAAACCAGCGACCGAAUCCUUCACAGAAUCGAAUCUUAACACUAAUUCAAUGCACUUUUAACGCCAGUAAUGCAAACGUCAGCGUACACAGAAACAUUUGGAACGGUUACGAGUUGACAACGCGUCCAGGUCACAGGUCUGGUUUCACAGGAGUGUAGUUUUCAUUCUGCUCAAAAUUUUUCAUUUUGUUUGGACAAACCUCUAAAACGUUUGAAGAUGCAUUUAAACUGUUGACUCCCGACUGAAACCUCAUUAUCUCAGCUGCACAUUGGUGGUAGUUUCAGGUUUUCAUCCCUUUUUGUUACUGUACAGCGACUGUAAACCACAUUUAAAUCCACUAGAUCCACAUUUUUAUUUUGAUCGGCAUCCAACUGCACAAUCAUGAAUAUCCGUCCCCUAAAUAUGCCUGAUUUUGUUCAACAAAACCCAUGAAUUAUGGUGAGAGUGUUAAAGAUAAACGCCGGAUCUCACGAUGAUUAAUGAUAAAAACAAAUCCUGGAUCUGCCCUAAAGUUAAAUGGAUUCUUUCUUGACCCAUGUUCCAUCCAGUCAUUCAGUUUUGUGGAAAUCCGUUAAGUAGUUUUCAUGUAAUCACGUUAAAAGAAAUAACCCAACCGACAGACGUUCAGCAGAAAUCAGACCUGCGAUCUCCUUGGUAACCGUGUUAACGAUUUAACUGAUUUUCUUUCAGACACGGACGAUAAAGUUUUAGAAACAGGAAAACGUGUAGGUUUUAGUCAGACAGAAAUUUAAACUUCUGUUUUCCAACAAACAAACAAACAAAGCCAUUAAAAAACAUGUGAAUUUGACUUAAAGCUUAAGUGAGGCAUUCUGGGAAAUUCAUUGACUUUCUGGCAGAGUUCAGCGAGAUCAAAACUAGAAAACAUUCAGCUCAGUUUCUCCAAGAGACAAUUAUCUGCUCAAUCGUUUGUUGAGGUGUUUUCAGAAUUGUCAAAGAUAAGAAUAUAUUCUUUCCGCAGCCUCAGACAGGAAGUCACAGUGUCAUAGAACAUGUCGUAAAACUGCCUCUGACCUGGUUUGUUAAUCUUCUCAUCCAGAAAAUCCUCGGCCAGAACGUGAGCUAAAGCAAAACGGCCCACAAGUGUUUAUUUUGGGGAGGAAGCUGCUGAAGCUUCCAGUGAAUGUUUUCAUCGCAUACAGGCUUGAGCUGAUAACAACCGAUAUUCGCCUGCACCUCGUCGCAUCGUGACUAUGCUUCUGUCUGAUUCAUCGAACUUCGCUGCUGCAGCUGCGUCUGAACAUAUCAGACGUUUGUAGCCGCAGUCUUGAAAAAACGUUUUCACAAAAACAAAUAUUUAACAUUUGCGAUCCAAAUCUAAUCGACCGUAGAGAAAAUCUAUUCUAUGAAUCCACUCGUCUGCUUCCUCCCCUCCAGCGUCCUCUCUUCCUUGGCAGGCUGCAAUCUACGCAGGCUGUAGUAGUGGAGGUAACUUAUUUACUAUUUUGUAACACAGACAAAUGCAAGACUUUGUACUAAUUUUCAAAUAAAGAGGCUUUGAUACCACAAA